AUGGCGAUCAAGACCCGAAGCAUCUCGUCGGACGGGAAGCGGGAGAUGACGUUGCAAGAGUUCAAGACGUGGGUGAAGAGGCUGGACGCCGACAAAGACGGCAAGAUCAGCAGGCAAGAGCUGUCCGACGCCGUCCGGGUCGCCGGCGGACGGUUCGCCUGGUUGAAGUGCCGGCGGGGAGUCCAAGCGGCCGACUCCGACGGCAACGGUUUCAUCGACGAGCAGGAGAUGAACAACCUCGUUGACUUCGCUCAGAAACACCUCGGUGUCAAAAUCGUCCAUUUCUGA